CGAGAGAAGAGGUCCCGAACUGCUCACUUGUGCGCGAUCAUGGCUCUCGUAUUCAACGCGUCCGGAAAUAUACAGAGACUACAAAGGAUUUUCCAGAGAGCUUAUUCGGAUGCCAAAUAUCCUCAAAUCACGACUCAUUACACAGUAGUGCCCAGGGAGCAAGAUUCAAGAUGGAAAGAUGUAAAUAUGGAAAGGUUUGUGGAUGAAACCGACAUUCUAAUUGUUGGUGGCGGUCCAGGUGGAUUAUCGGCAGCUAUUCAGGCUCGUAGAUUAGCAGAGAAGCAUGGCAAGGAACUAAGAGUUACUCUUGUUGAAAAAGCAUCUACAAUCGGAGGACAUAUUCUUAGUGGUGCCUGUUUGGAUCCAAUUGCCUUGAACGAGCUUUUUCCAAGUUGGAAAGAAUUGGGUGCACCAUUAAAUACUCCUGUUACGGAAGACAAAUUUGCAUUUCUUACAGAAAAGAAAAGAAUAUCUAUACCUAUUUUUAAAGGAAUGCCAAUGUAUAAUCAUGGAAAUUAUAUAGUAAGAUUAGGGCAUGUUGUGGCAUGGCUUGGUGAACAAGCAGAAGCUGCUGGUGUAGAAAUAUAUCCUGGUUAUGCUGGGUCAGAAGUUUUAUAUCAUGAAGAUGGAUCUGUCAAAGGAGUGGCUACAAAUGAUGUUGGUAUUGCUAAAGAUGGCUCACCCAAAGAUACAUUCGAACGGGGCAUGGAACUUCAUGCAAAAUGUACCAUAUUUGCAGAAGGCUGUCAUGGUCAUUUGACAAAACAGUUAUCGAAGAAAUUGAAUCUUAGGAAAGAUUGCGAGCCACAGACAUAUGGCAUUGGAUUAAAAGAGGUUUGGGAGAUAGAGCCAAGCAAACAUAAACCUGGAGCAGUUGAACAUACAGUUGGCUGGCCACUUGAUAGAAAUACAUAUGGUGGAUCAUUUUUAUAUCAUCUAAAUGAAGAAACACCUUUAGUUGCUGUAGGCUUUGUUAUAGGAUUGGAUUAUACCAAUCCCUAUCUAUCUCCAUUCAAAGAGUUUCAGAGAUUUAAACAACAUCCUAGCAUUAGGCCCACAUUUGAAGGAGGAAAAAGAAUAGCUUAUGGAGCUAGAGCAUUAGGAGAGGGUGGAUUCCAAUCUAUUCCAAAACUUCAAUUUCUUGGUGGUUGCCUUAUUGGAUGUACAGCAGGUUUUCUAAAUGUACCCAAAAUUAAAGGAACUCAUAAUGCUAUGAAAAGUGGUAUGUUGGCUGCGGAAAGUGUUGUCGAAGCGAUUAUAGAUGCGGAAAUUAAUACCUCACCGACGAAAGGCUUAGAACCAAAAACAUAUACAGAUAAAAUAAAAAGUAGUUGGAUUUAUAAAGAACUGAAAGCCGUGAGAAACAUGAGACCUAGCUUCCACACUUCUCUUGGACUUUAUGGUGGCUUGAUGUAUUCAGGAAUAUCCAUGUUAGUGGGCGGAAGAGAACCGUGGACUUUUUCUCAUGGAGGACCUGAUUAUCAAAAGUUGAAAUCUGCAGCUGAAUCGACGCCUAUAGAAUAUCCUAAACCGGAUAAUAAAGUGUCUUUUGAUCUUCUGUCAUCAGUGGCUCUAACCGGUACGAAUCACGAAGCUGAUCAACCAGCCCAUUUAACUUUGAUGGAUGAUACUAUUCCAGUGAAAAGGAAUCUAGCUAAAUUUGCUGGUCCGGAAGGCCGAUUUUGUCCUGCUGGUGUUUACGAAUUCGUGCCGUUAGAAAGCGGAGAUGGCGAGAGAUUACAGAUCAAUGCGCAAAAUUGCAUUCACUGUAAGACUUGCGACAUCAAGGACCCGAGUCAGAACAUCAAUUGGGUCGUGCCCGAAGGUGGCGGUGGACCUGCUUACAACGGCAUGUAAAUUCGGUCGAUUGAUACAUUGAACGCGUUUGAACGUGCAGUGUUCGUUAAUUACUUCAUUGUUCGCAUCAAUAUCGGCUUUAUAUCCUUUUCGACGAAGCGUAGAUAUACAUCGUAAUUAUGUUUUCGAUUCUGCAAAUAUAAUUGGGCGUUUUCAAUAAUUACGAGUAACGUGUUUUCUGGAUUUCGUGCGUUACAAUGGUAUAAUUAUUGAAUAUAUUGCACAAAUAAUGUAAUUAUUUCGGAUUCUGAUCGAACGGAUUAAUACGAUUACGAGAUCAAUUCGAUAAAGAGGUAUACGAUCUAUCUUUUUUAUCGUGUAUAUGUCAAUUUUGUAACUGUACAUAUAUAACAUUUUUUAUCCAUUGCCGAACAAUUUACAAAAUUUAUCACUUGCUGGGAUAAUGUUUAUUGAAUCGGUAAUCAGAUUGGGAGACAUCAUGUGAUAUAUUAAUUUGAUGGGAAAUCUGUGUUCUUGUUUCGACAUCUUUGCGAUGCACUUUUACAAUGAACUUUGAAAAUAUAGGAGAAAUAAAGUGUUUCUCGAGCGUAAAGAGAAACAGUUUUUAUAACAGUGUUCUAUUGUUAUAGAUUUUUGAUAUAAUCAUUGUUUAGAAAUAUAUCUUGUACACUUUGUAUAUUAGUAUAUUUUUUUAUACAAGAGAUCAUUGAAAUAUAUAUU